CAGCCGCAUCGUCCUACUCCGGCCAGAGGACACGGAGCACGUUGCAGCCAUGGGACAACAUCUCACCAGCAGGAACACUGGAGACAUAUUCCUGCCGGACUGAAGAUAGACAGAAAAGGUGGAGCUAAAGGGAACCUCUACUAUAAAGGAGGGGUACACGCUGUCCACGAACACGCUUCUUUAUCCAACGUGCACAUUUUUACAUUGUUUAUCAACCAAAUCUCAACAGCUUUUUCCCGUGUUUCGUUGGCACAUUUUACAUUGACCAUGCUGACUUUCACAUGGAUGUGUCCACAGUUAACGUGCAGGAAAAUGGUAGAAUUAAUGAUAUGACUGAAUUAGAAGUCCCAGGCGUGGGGGAGCAUCCCCCGCCGUACAUGAUCUUUGUGGUAGUCUUCCUCUUCUUCCUUACCGGACUGUUCGGCUUCCUCAUCUGCCACCUGCUGAAGAAGAAGGGCUACCGCUGCCGCACCGGAGACAUGGACGAUGAAGAGGAGGAGGAGGAGGAGAAGCUUGGAGGAAAUAAAGAUGAAGAGGAUGAAGAGAACCAGGAUACAGUGGAGCAGAUCCUCAAAUGCAUUAUUGAAAAUGAAGCUAACAUGGAAGCUUUCAAUGAGAUGUUGGGAAACCACAAUGUCUGUUUGCGCCACGACCCCAGGUUGCGUAAGGAGUCUAUUGGUGGUGUUCCUCCACAUCACCACACAGUCCACUCAGGCGCCGACCACAACUCCUGCCACCUCUGUGCUCAGGUCCGAUCAAAAAAGGGCCGCCGUCAAAGUCGAACCCCCCGCUCCAAACAACGACCUGGAGAACAGACUGUCUUCUCUGUUGGCAGGUUCCGAGUGACACACACUGAUAAGAAGCUCCAUGGAAGUCCUCAUCUGUUUGUCAGUUCAGGGGAUCAGCUGGACCAAUCCCAGGACAGUGAGGAGCGGAAGGAGAGCGUUUACAAUCUGAGAAGCAUGUUCAAGGAUGUGCGACCGCCUUCAGAGAGCUCCAAUGGGGUUGCUUCAAGUGUGGGGAAACGUAGAAAGAGUGUAAGCAUAUUCGGGCUGAGGCGGGGCAGUGACCCUGUUGGCAUUAAAGUAGGAGAGGAGACAUGUGGGGAGACUGGAGGUGUUAGAUUCGCUGUUCAUCAGCAACCUGUAGUGCUGGAGGAACUGUUGCACUCCGAGAACAUUGGAGUUGCCUCUGAAAUUAUUACUAAACCUGGUAUCAAUUCUGAAAUUGAGUUCUCAAAAAAUCAAACACCUGCUUCACCUCAAUGUGAGGCUAAAAAUUCAGGUUCUGUUAAUUCUCCCUCUUCCCAAAGUAAGAAUCAGGCCCAUGAGUCUAACUCUGCUCUUGUAGAUGGCUCUAAACAUGGGCCCAGUCUUGAACUUCAUAUAAACCUUAUGAUCAAACCUUCUAUUGGGAGUACAGCAGCUUCUGCCCCCAGCUCUCUUCCUCUUCCAUCUCCUGCUUCAUCUGGACAGAUUUUUAAGACAACAGAGAAACAAGGAGAUCUCGAGAAUAAGGUGUUAAAAAAUGAGUCAUAUGAUCCUGGGCCACAACAGACCUCUACACCCAUUGCCCCCAUGCCUGGAUCUAUUCCAAGUUUCACUCCUGUCAUUCCUAGAGGUCAACCCGAUCCCUUUCCUAGCACAUGUUUUCUAGUUAACCAAACUCCCCCUGACCCAAGCUCCAGCACAGAUUUGAAACCAGUUUUAGGUGCUAGUCUAGCUUUAAUAAGCCAAGGUUCAUCCCCUUCAUCUUCAUUCCCAAUCAAGACUCCCUCUUCAGCCUCUUCAUUAAAAACUUCUACCUCAACCCUGGCUGUCACACUGAGCCCCAAACUAAGCUCAAGGAACAUGCCAUCAGAGGCUGCACAAACUACCAUUUCACCUCCACUCCCAUCAGGCCAAGGGAUGUCUAGCCAAUGCCCUAUUCCAUCUUCAUUCUUUGAAAAAAGCACUAGUCCAUUACAGGCCGGAAAUCCCUCACCUGCUCUUACUGCUAGCCCCAAACUCAACAAUAUACCUGUAUCACUCACAACCCCUUUUUCUUCUCCAGCUGAUAAAAAACUAUCCAUGGGAAGUUCACCUUGUCUGUCAGGAGGUGUAACAUCAAUGACCAAAGGGGAUAUGGUUUCAAGCACGUUAUCUCUAAAAGAACAAGAGCUAGAAAGAGACAGAAUCCCAAGGGCAGUAGAAAAGACAGAAAUAAGGAGGGUUGGGAUUCUCAAAACAGCUACACUUUCACCAGUUGAGGGAGAUUCUAAAGGUUUUCCCCAGUCCUGUCCUACUGAUCAGCUAGAAAGACUGAACAGUUUGCCUCUAUCACCUAUAAGGAUCAGAAAAAGUAGUGUGAGCAUUGUCAAAGCCAGCCUUGAUAGCAAGAGAGAGUUUUCUGAUGUCACUAUGCUGGAAGGUUCGACUUCAAUAUCAGACCAGAAAGGACAGACCUCUGAAUUUGGGGUUAAAUCAAAAAAGGCCAGAAUUAUCGCAGCAGUAGGUCAGGAAGGAGAGCUUUCUGUUUCAGGUGUUGGACAACCUGAAAGUCAAAGUGGAGAGAGUUCUGCAGCCGAGGUUAGGCCAAUGGUAAGCAAAGAGAAGGAUGAUAUGGUGGAAAUGGAAGAUAUUAGGGACUGCAAAGUGAAGCAGGUGGAAGAAGCAGAGAGAAUAGAGGAAAAAUUGUAGAAGUUGGGGAAGAUUUAGUUGAAACAGCAUUGAUAGGUUGUGUCUCAUAUAGCGUCUCAGGUUGCUGCUGCAAUGGAAAACGGUGGAAGGCGGGCCAAAACCAUGUUGAGUAGAGUCGAGGCAAGGCGAGUUGAGCUGGUACCAGUAAUGGAAAAAGUAAUAAAAAAACAGGGGGAUGGCUGACUGGGAAACCUGGACCCCAUCCAGUUGGGCUUCCUUGUACUUUGCUUAUUUUCUGGCCCCUUGAACUGAUUUUUAGGGCCAUUUCUCUGAAAUAAUGUACAAUUAUUACAUUAAAUUGUCCAAAAAAAAAGAAAAGGGCACUUUUGCUCCAAGCGUUGUCAAUUGCUGACCCGACCUAUAUCGAUAAAUAAUUGAGAAUUAUUACAUUACAUUACAUUUUGAUGGAGUGUUUCUAUUUUAAGUGGCACAGCCUUUAAGGCUUAACCACACCAGCCUGUUCUUAUGCUCAGGCAUCACAUAUACACGCUUUGGAAAAGCCGUGUGUAUUGUACGCAAAACGGCGAUCUUGUGUGUAUAGUGGAUGCCCCCAGGUACAUGUGUUUUUGUUUAAGGAGUUGAUAGCCCCCCUGAGGCAACUUCCCUAACUUCAACCAUGGCAUUAGUUAGUGCCUAAACCUAAGUCAGUAAAUAUAUGCAUGUCGACCGGCCGAUGUGCUAGCAGGUAGGGUUAGCCUCCUUUGUGUUGCAAUGCUAUUGCAAACUGCAGCGUAUCAUAUACACGCAAAAUCGCUGUUUUGCGUACGAUAGACACGGCUUUUCCAAAGCGUGUAUAUGUGACGCAUGAGAUGCGAUCGGGUUGACCACGCACACCUAAGGACAAUUUAGAGUCACCAAUUAACCUAGCCCGCAUGUCUUUGGACGGUGGGAGAAAGCCGGAGCACCUGGAGAGGACUCACACAGACAACAUGCAAACUCCACACAGACAGGGCAGGACGUCUGGGGUUCUGCUGUGAGGAGACAGUGCUAACACUAAUGAGUAGAAAAUAUAAUUUCUCAUGGCGUGCUCUAAAAAUAAAAAAAGUAGACAGUGAAAUCAGAGCUUGUAAUAAAGAAGACUUUUAAUAUUCAAUCUUCCCACUGGCAGUUCCAAAGCAGUAUGUUUCAUAUGUUCUGAGACCUUGGCGAUUAUUAAAAGCAGCAGUGUGAAGCGCCACUACAACACAAAGCACAGAGCAUCAUUUUUGGUUCACAAGAGGCUUUUGGUCAUUUUGAAACAAGAGGGUAGCAUCCCACCUCAAAUCAUCCAUCUAAAGGAAAGGAAAUGUUAUAGUAGUAAUUAGGAACACACCUUUAAUCAUUUAACCACAGCAGUGAAAAUGUUGCAGUGGGAUUGUACUAAGCACUAGUUGACUAAUUGACUAAUGGACAAUCAUCAAAUAUUCUCCCAUUACUAGAUUUAAAGGAUGAUAUGAUGGAUGUCUUUGUUUUAUAUGUGAGUAGCUGACCAUUCGGCUGGCUGAUUGAUUAAUUAACAUCUAGGUGUUGUAUUGUAUGUACAUGUGCAGCAAUUAAAAACACGCUGCAAAUAUACCAACGCACUGCAAUGCUACCACAUACACUAAAAAGGUUUGGAUUAUCUGGGGCGUUCCCUGACUAAGGAUUAUUACAUAGUCGAAUCAGAAUUGACAAGUCUUGCCUAUAGUCAACUGAUAGUCGAAUCAUGUCUGUGGAAAACGGGGGGGUACACACGGUAGCUCAACUUUAAUCUUGUAAAGCUGCAGAGCUGCAGUCUCAUUUGUCACUAACUUACACUGCAUUUCCAGCUAAACUGAGGCUUAUUGUUUACCAUAUUCUCUCUGCUCGCCUGCUUGCCAUGCGGCCUAUUCCAAGUACUGUUUAAAAACAAUAUAUAUAUAUUCUUUGUGUGGUUCAUCAAUGGUAAUAAAUUAUCCGAACAUUCCGCGAUGUGUGGAUUACUCGGCACAACAGCGGUGAGGCUGGGGCUCUGUCUCUUCAGCAAGCGCUUCUCUUCUGCCACUACACACAUACAUGCUACGCCUACACAUGCACACUGACGCCCCCUACCUUAAGUGUUAGGAUUACAAUUUUGGAUUUAUAUGUAGUGUGUAUGUACUAAUUGGGAGAAAAAUGGUAGUUCUAUGUAAAAUCAGGCGUUUUAGUUUGUAAGGUUUUCCCACUUUGAGCAUGCAAAGUCUGAUCUGCACAAUCCACUUACCUCGCAGGAGCACGCAGAGUCAAAGGUAGAGUUUGUGAAGUUUUUCUGAAACUAAAAAUUAAGGUGAGACAUGGCAUGCAAAAACAGCAUUUUAUCAUGCACUGGUCAAUUUUGAGUCUUUGAACUAUUUUGCUUCCAUAAAUGACUAUUGGAAAGAAAACAUUUAAAAUUUGUACCAGCAGCCAAUCGUGAAAGUACAAAGGCAGAUUUCAGCUAAGUGUGAAAUGAUUUCAAGCUUAGCAAAUUUCACUAAAAUCUCAACAGCUAGUGUAGCUUUGUAGUGGUUCUGGGUGUGACUGUUCAGACACGCUUUUAUUCAAUUAUCAGUUUUGAUGCAUUUUAGAUGUUCUGUAUUUUAUUGUUGUUUGUUAAGGAUUUUAUUAGAUAUUUGGUCUGUAAAUAUAGAUUUUCAAUAAAAAAAGUUUGAAUUUUAAAAUACAUAUCUUUAAAGGCCGUUUUUUCUCAAACGCUGAGCUACAAAUCUCCACAACACUUACAUACACCAAAC